GGCAACUUCUGGUAUGCAUCAAAAAAUAGCUCAACAUCAUUCCCUUUGGAACAACAUUUUUCAGAGUUCAAAAAGCAAAAUAGAGUUUUCGAUAUGGAAGGCCAUUGAAGAAGCUAAGGCGCAAUUGGCAACACUUGAAAAUGAGCUCAAAGAGCUUAAGCAGCAAAGCAUAUUAGUACUUCAUUCAGCUGAUCUGUGUAACAAUGGGUGAUCAAGAAGUGAAGUUGUUUGGUUUAUGGGCAAGCCCUUUUAGCAAAAGGGUUGAAACUGCACUGAAAAUCAAGGGAAUCAAGUACGAAUAUUUUGAAGAAGAUUUGUCCAACAAGAGUUCUGAGCUGCUCAAAUACAACCCUGUUCAUAAGAAGCUCCCUGUGCUUCUACACAAUGGGAAGCCAGUCUGCGAGUCUCUUGUUAUUCUUGAGUACAUAGACGAGACCUGGAAAUCUGAACGUUCUUUACUGCCCGAAGAUCCUUAUGCCAGAGCCAUGGCACGUUUCUGGGCAAAAUUCAUCGAUGAUAAGUGCAUAGCUGCAAUGUGGAGUAUCCGGAGGAGCUCAGAGAGACCAGAGAAAGGCAUUGAAGAACUAACGGAACAUUUGAAAACACUUGAAAAUGAGCUCAAAGGCAAGAAGUUUUUUGGUGGAGAUGAAAUCGGAUUAGUUGACAUUACUGCUAAUCUGAUAGCACUUUGGCUUGGUGUGUUACUGGAGUUAAAGGGGAUAGAAUUGCUUACAAAAGAGAAGUUCCCUAGAUUAUGUGAAUGGAUCGAUUAUUACCUUGAUCAUCAAAUUAUUAAGGAGACUUUGCCUGAUAGGGAAAACUACAGAGAGUAUCUGUCGAAUGUACUUAAAGGUUAAAUUUUAAUUUAGACUUAUGUAAAAAAAAGUUGAGCUAGUUUUGUUCAUUCAUCAUCUCAGCAUGUACCAGAGUAUCAGUUUCGUAUGAUUUUUAAUAAAAUUGGGUGUCUGUAUGAUGUUUCACUUCAGAAAA